CAGGCGGAGCUGUUUCAGAUUCACAGAUCUGAGUGGAGGGCUACCUUGUUUUAGAUGUGCAAGCAGCAUUCGAAACAAAAAUGGGAAAAGGCUACAUCUGUAUAAUGGAAUGAAAGGGAAGUUACUGCUCUCUACAUUAGGAAAACCUGCCAAAGGAGAAAAGGAAUCAUGCCCCUCUUCCUCAUUAUUUAUACCAUUUGGAAAGGAAAUGCCAUUAUUGAGAUGGAGCAGAAAAGACUCCAAAGAUGUGAACAGUAUGUCAACUGACACUGAAGACAUGAAUAGUGUAAAAGUAAACAGGGGGCAAAAGAAGACAAAGGAGCAACACUGUAGCAGAGCAGCCAGAAAGAAGUCAAACAUGGAGGAACACCUCACGGAAGACUACGUCACAUCUGGAAAAAAGCAGGGUGUUCAUAUAAAAAAAUCAAGGUGUGUGAUGUCAAACAAGAAAGAAACCUGCAAGCUGGAAAAGGAAACAGAAAAAUUCCACGUGACAACAUGCGUGGUAAACUGGAGCGAGAAGCCGAAACCUGAAGAACACUGCAUAACUUGGGAAAGAGAAAAGGAAUCAUGCCCCUCUUCCUCAUUAUUUAUACCAUUUGGAAAGGAAAUGCCAUUAUCGAGAUGGAGCAGAAAACACUCCAAAGAUGUGAACAGUAUGUCAACUGACACUGAAGACAUGAAUAGUGUAAAAGUAAACAGAGGGCAAAAGAAGACAAAGGAGCAACACUGUAGCAGAGCAGCCAGAAAGAAGUCAAACAUGGAGGAACACCUCUCAGAAGACCACGUCACAUCUGGAAAAAAGCAGGGUGUUCAUAUAAAAAAAUCAAGGUGUGUGAUGUCAAACAAGAAAGAAACCUGCAAGCUGGAAAAGGAAACAGUGGAAGAGAGGCAUCAACUCUGGAAGGAAACAGCAGUAAGGGAUCUCUGUGGUGAUAUGUCCAACUCAGAGUUGGAACUCAGCGAUGACAGUGAAAGCAUUCUCUAUUCAAAGAACACAUCUCUGCUGAGGGAUCUGAGGGGAGAGGACGAGGGUAGCCAUAGCCAUGUUGCUAAUGGUGCAGUUUCUACAUUUGGUUCAAGUAGACUAGGAUAUUCCAACAGUUUGGACCUGAACCAGCUGUACACGGAGUGCAAGGAAAUGACCAUGAGCCAAGAGGAGAAAGAGCACAAUCUAGAAACACAGGUGGAAGCCAUGAUAUCCAUGCUGGAAUCAUGUGAUCUGGUGGAGCAGUUGGUCCUGAGGAACACUGGGAUUACUGAUGAGCUUUUGAACUGUCUUGUCACUGCACUCAAGAAUAGCCCUUCUGAGGUGGUGCUGAUCAACCUGAACCUGAACAACAUCGGACCUCCUGGAGUACAGAUUCUGCUUAACCUAGUGAAGCUCAACCCACAGGUCAAGGGUCUACUGUGAGUCAUCAUACUUUGUACAUUUACUUCAGGCUGCUUAUGUUUUACAUACCAUUCCUGAAAAAAAGGUAUACAACUAAUGAUGGGCAAGAAGAGAAAUUCAAGCUGUUGCGCCAUUUAGCUCUAUAUUAAUUAUGCAAAAGGGGUUCCGAAAUUACCUUGCUUCAACAUCUUGAGUUAGUGGAGAGAAAAGAGUUUUUUUCUUUUUUUAAAAGAAACAGUGCAAUGCAGUCUUAAAGUGCGGUUUUAGAUGUUUGCCAAUUAAUCUGACUUCUUGAAUGAUUGGGGAAGUUAUUUCCAACACUGUGGGGUGAGGACAGAGAAGAGCUGGGGCCACAAGGACCAGCUGCCAGGUGCUACAAUAAUUGGGACAGCUAGCUGGAGAUACAAGGAUGAAUGACUUACUGAAAUAUAUGGUGUAAUCAUUUUAAGAUACACAGGGACAGUACCAUUCACAGCUUAGUAUGCCAGUGUGAGUGGUUUGAAUUGAACGUGGGCAGCCACCGGAAGCCAGUGACGGUUGUUCAGAAGUGGCGUGGUGUGUGUGAAUUUAGGCAUGUUGAAGACUGCUUGGCAGCAUUCUGGAUUAGUUUCUGAAGCAAG